UGACGUUGUGCUGUACCAUUUGGCUUUUCAGGAGCCAUCGACCAUCUCAGGACAGGGACCACACAAGGAUCAUGAGAACAGCCAGGAUGCCACUUGAAUGGGUGAUACCUUGGUUCACCCUCUGCCUUGGACUACCUGCAGCCACCACUGUCAUGGUUCAGUCAGUGACUAAAAUGCCAGUGAUGACAGAAGUGAGACACUCUCACGACGACCAGUUCUGCAGUACAUGGGGAAACUACCAUUUCAAGACUUUCGAUGGAGAUUUCUUCCAGCUUCCUUUCACUUGCAACUACAUCCUCGCAUCCCAGUGUAAAGGCAGCUAUGAGGAUUUCGAUAUUCAGCUCCAGCGACAGGAGAUACAUGGGGUCAUCACCAUCAAGACGGUCACUAUGAAACUUGAGGGGAUUGUUGUGGAAUUAGCCAACACUUCCAUCAAAGUUGAUGAUAAACUUGUCACUUUACCAUUCAGCCAAGCUGGCAUUUCAAUUGAAAGAAGUGCCUCAUAUGUCAAAAUCCAGGCAAAGCUGGGUUUGGUCAUCAUGUGGAAUCAAGAAGACUCCCUCUGGGUUGAGCUGGAUGCAAAAUUCAAGAAUCAGACAUGUGGCCUGUGUGGUGAUUUCAACGGAGUCCAGAUUUAUGAUGAGUUCAUCAGAGCAGGGGAUUCUGUUACUCCUGAGGAUUAUGGGGAGGUCUGGAAAGUCAAUGGUCCCACUGAAAACUGUGAAGAAAUCUCUACAGCUACAAAGACCUGCGCAGACCAGAAAGACCUCUGCAAGAACCUGCUGUCAGGACCUGCCUUCCUCAGCUGUCAAAACCUGAUUGAUACUGACUCCUUUAUCAAAGCCUGUGCAAAGGACCUGUGCCAUUGUAAGAGCAACAGCACUUCAUGCUUGUGUUCGACCAUCUCAGAAUACUCCCGUCAGUGUGCUCACACAGGCGGGAAACCACAGCAAUGGAAAACCACACAACUAUGUGCAAGAACGUGCCCCUUCAACAUGGAGUACAAAGAAUGUGGUAGUCCCUGUACUGACACCUGCAGCAACCCCCAGAGAAGCCAAAUGUGUGAGGAUCACUGCAUAGAUGGAUGCUUCUGUCCACCCGGGACUGUCUUUGAUGACAUUACACAAAGUGGGUGUGUUGCUGUCCAUCAGUGCUCCUGCUUACACAAUGGCAAGCCAUACAAACCAGGGGAAACAUACUCAAGGGCAUGUCAUGAAUGCACCUGUACUAAGGGUGAGUGGAGCUGCAAGGAUUUGAACUGUCCUGGUAUCUGCUCCAUACUGGGGGGCUCCCACAUCUCCACCUAUGAUGACAAAACAUAUACUUUCCAUGGAGACUGCUCUUAUGUCCUCUCCAAGGAAACUAAUGGGACUUUCACUGUCCUUGGUGACCUGGUCAAAUGUGAAAAAUCAGACAAAUCAACUUGCCUGUCUGCAGUCACUCUAAUGCUGCCAAAACACACGCAGAUGAUUGUAGUUGAAGCCAACGGACAGUUCUUUUAUAACAAAAUGGUCUCUCAACUGCCUUUUUUCAUGGAUGACAUAACAGUCUUCAGCCCAUCGACAUUCUUCAUUGUUAUCCACACUACCUAUGGGCUUGAUCUUGAGAUUCAGCUCACACCCAUUAUGCAGAUCUACAUCAAAGCCAGUGUGUCCAAUAAGGGAAAACUCAAUGGCCUUUGUGGAGAUUUUAAUGAUGUUGGAGCUGACGACUUCAAAACCACAAAUGGAUUGAUUGAGGGAACGGCUGGGACAUUUGCCAACACAUGGAAGACCAAAACAAGCUGCCCCGAUAUGACAAACAUGCUAGGGGACCCCUGCAUUUUGAGCGUUGACAGGGAGAAAUACGCCAAACACUGGUGCUCCUUGCUGUCAGACCCAAAGGGGAUUUUUGCCAAGUGCCAUUCUGAAAUAAACCCAGAAAACUAUCAGGCUUUUUGUAUUUAUGAUACUUGCGCCUGUGAAAAGAGUGAGGAGUGCAUGUGUGCUGCCAUAUCGUCCUAUGUCCAUGCAUGUGCUGCUGAAGGUGUCUUACUGAAUGGAUGGAGGGACACCACAUGCCAGAAAUACACAAGUGCCUGCCCUUCUACUUUGGUGUACGACUACCAGAUGAAAAGCUGUGGUCGCACCUGUCGCUCUCUUAGUCAGUCAGAUUUAACAUGUGAGGUUGAAAUUACUCCACUUGAUGGCUGUGGCUGUGCUGAAGGAACUUACCUAAAUGAGAAGGGGGAGUGUGUUUCAGCCUCACAAUGCUCUUGUCAUAUGGGAGACACAGUGGUGCGGCCCAGGCACGUCAUCAGGGUCCAUGGACAAACUUGCUCCUGCCAUGGUGGAAAAUUAAACUGUACAGGAAUCCACAAAAAUGAAUCAUGCGCCAAUCCAAUGGUUUUCUUCAGCUGCUCCAGUGCAAAGCCAGGUGACAAGGGAUCAGAGUGCCAAAAAAGCUGUCAGACUCUGGACACAGAAUGUGUCAACACACAGUGUAUCUCGGGCUGUGUAUGUCCUGCUGGUCUGAUGUCAGAUGGUAAAGGAGGCUGUGUUGAGGAGAAGGACUGUCCCUGCUUUUAUAAUGGACAGUCUUAUGAUUCUGGACAGACUGUCACUGUGGACUGCAAUACCUGCACCUGCAAAAACAGAAAAUGGGAGUGUACAGAUCUUGAAUGUGAUGGAACCUGUACCAUAUAUGGAGAAGGGCAUUACAUCACUUUUGAUGAAAAGAAAUUCUCCUUUAAUGGGGGCUGUGGUUACAUCUUCACUCAGGAUUAUUGUGGGGACGAUAUGAAUGGCACCUUCAGGGUCGUGACUGAGACUAUCCCAUGUGGAACAACUGAAAGCAUCUGCUCCACUGCUAUCAAGCUCUACUUAGGGAACAAAGAAAUUGUUCUUUCAGAAGAAAAUGUCAGAGUUAUUGAGCAAAGCAAAGGGGUGGACAUACCCUAUCACAUCAGCACUAUGGGUAUAUAUCUUGUCAUUGAGGCAAAGAAUGGCCUUGUUGUCAUCUGGAAUAAAAAGACAACACUGAUGAUCAAACUCAGCUCCACAUUCAAGGGCAGAGUCUGUGGUCUGUGUGGGAAUUAUGAUGGGAACAUCAAGAAUGAUUUCACCACCAGAAACAAAGAAGUUGUGGUUGAAGCCCUUGAGUUUGGGAACAGCUGGAAAGUGUCGCCUACCUGUCCUAAUGCAGACAAGCUAAAAAAUCCCUGCAGUCUGUACUCACACAGGCAGGCCUGGGCAUUAAAACACUGCAGCAUUAUCAAAAGUGAAGUAUUUGCUGCCUGCCAUUCAAAGGUGGAUUCCCAAAGCUAUUAUGAUGCCUGUGUGAGAGACACAUGCGCCUGCAAUACAGGGGGAGAUUGUGAGUGUUUCUGCUCAGCAGUAGCAGCCUAUGCAGCAGUCUGUAAUAAGGCCAGGGCCUGUGUGAAAUGGAGGACUCCCACAAUUUGCCCUCUAUUCUGUGAUUUUUACAACCCUGAUGGAGAGUGUGAAUGGCACUAUGAGCCUUGUGGAAAACCUUGCAUGAAGACAUGCAGGAAUCCCUCAGGAAUAUGCUACAAUCAAAUCCCAGCAUUAGAAGGGUGCUAUCCAAGAUGCCCACCUGAAAGACCUUAUUUGAAUGAAGCUACCAUGAAGUGUGUAUCAAAGGAGCAAUGUGGCUGCUAUGAUGAUGAAGGAAAACAUUACGAAGAUGGGAAAUUCAUGCCUCCAAAGGAAAACUGUCACAACUGUUAUUGUUCCUCAGCAAAGGUGAAUUGCAGCUAUGAUGUCCAAGCUUGCACUUGUUCAUAUAAAGGACAUAUAUACAAGUAUGGAGAUAAGGUCUAUGACACACAUGAUGGAGAUGGAACCUGUAUCACUGCUGUUUGUGGGAAAGAUGGAAAUAUUACCAGAAAUAUAGGAAGCUGCCCUACAACUCCACCCACCCAGACAUCAACAACAACAGCCUUUACUUUCAGCACAUCUGAAAAAACUACCUCAACAACGACAAAAAUGACAAUCAAAACAACAAAUCUCAUCUCUCCCACUCCAAGUUUUACAAGUGAGGCCGUGACCACCACCACAACAACAAUCACACAAAAACCCACUACAACCAUAAUCACAGAAAAACCCACCUCCACUACAACCAUAAUCACACAAAAAUCCACAACAACAACAACAACCACAGAAAAACCCACUACAACAACAAUCACAGAAACACCCACCACCACUACAACAACAACAACAACAACAACAACAACCACAGAAAAACCCACUACAACAACAAUCACAGAAACACCUGCCAGCACAACAACCAUUGACUGCUUUCGUUGUAAUUGGUCAGACUGGAUAAACAAUGAUUACCCUGACAAUGGUGGAGAUUAUGAAACCAUAGACAAAAUUACUUAUCCAGAUCUAAAUGUUUGCAGUAAACCUCUGGAAAUUGAAUGUAGAGCAAAAGAAUACAAAGAUAUACCUUUGAAAGACUUGGAACAAAAAGUAACAUGCGACCCAACAAAUGGACUAAUCUGUCAUAACAAAGAUCAAGGUAUACCUCCUAUUUGUAACGACUAUGAAAUACGAGUCAAAUGUUGCAUUAACAUUUGUGAGCCUUCAACCACAGUUACAUCUUCACCAACAACUACAACAGAAAGGUCCUCCACAACAUCAGUAACAACUACAGAAAAGCCCAGCACUAGUUCUGUCACAACCACAGAAAAACCCACAACAACCACAGAAAAACCCACCACCACUACACCCACAACCACAGAAACACCCACCAGCACAACAACAACCACAGAAAAACCCACUACAACCACAGAAAAACCCACCUCCACUACAACAAUCACAACCACAGAAAAACCCACCUCCACCACAAGCAUAAUCACAGAAAAACCCACAACAACAACCACAGAAAAACCCACCACCACAACAACAGUCACAGAAAAGCCCACCUCCACUACAACCAUAAUCACAGAAAAAUCCACAACAACAACAACCACAGAAAAACCCACUACAACAACAAUCACAGAAACACCCACCACCACUACAACAACAACCACAACAACCACUGAAAAACCCACUACAACAACAAUCACAGAAACACCCACCACCACUACAACAAUCACAGAAACACCAACCAGCACAACAACCAUUGACUGCUUUCGUUGUAAUUGGUCAGACUGGAUAAACAAUGAUUACCCUGACAAUGGUGGAGAUUAUGAAACCAUAGACAAAAUUACUUAUCCAGAUCUAAAUGUUUGCAGUAAACCUCUGGAAAUUGAAUGUAGAGCAAAAGAAUACAAAGAUAUACCUUUGAAAGACUUGGAACAAAAAGUAACAUGCGACCCAACAAAUGGACUAAUCUGUCAUAACAAAGAUCAAGGUAUACCUCCUAUUUGUAACGACUAUGAAAUACGAGUCAAAUGUUGCAUUAACAUUUGUGAGCCUUCAACCACAGUUACAUCUUCACCAACAACUACAACAGAAAGGUCCUCCACAACAUCAGUAACAACUACAGAAAAGCCCAGCACUAGUUCUGUCACAACCACAGAAAAACCCACAACAACCACAGAAAAACCCACCACCACUACACCCACAACCACAGAAACACCCACCAGCACAACAACAACCACAGAAAAACCCACAACAACCACAGAAAAACCCACCUCCACUACAACAAUCACAACCACAGAAAAACCCACCUCCACCACAAGCAUAAUCACAGAAAAACCCACAACAACAACCACAGAAAAACCCACCACCACAACAACAAUCACAGAAAAACCCACCUCCACUACAACCAUAAUCACAGAAAAAUCCACAACAACAACAACCACAGAAAAACCCACUACAACAACAAUCACAGAAACACCCACCACCACUACAACAACAACAACAACCACAACAACCACAGAAAAACCCACUACAACAACAAUCACAGAAACACCCACCACCACCACUACAACAAUCACAGAAACACCAACCAGCACAACAACCAUUGACUGCUUUCGUUGUAAUUGGUCAGACUGGAUAAACAAUGAUUACCCUGACAAUGGUGGAGAUUAUGAAACCAUAGACAAAAUUACUUAUCCAGAUCUAAAUGUUUGCAGUAAACCUCUGGAAAUUGAAUGUAGAGCAAAAGAAUACAAAGAUAUACCUUUGAAAGACUUGGAACAAAAAGUAACAUGCGACCCAACAAAUGGACUAAUCUGUCAUAACAAAGAUCAAGGUAUACCUCCUAUUUGUAACGACUAUGAAAUACGAGUCAAAUGUUGCAUUAACAUUUGUGAGCCUUCAACCACAGUUACAUCUUCACCAACAACUACAACAGAAAGGUCCUCCACAACAUCAGUAACAACUACAGAAAAGCCCAGCACUAGUUCUGUCACAACCACAGAAAAACCCACAACAACCACAGAAAAACCCACCACCACUACACCCACAACCACAGAAACACCCACCAGCACAACAAAAACCACAGAAAAACCCACAACAACAUCAGAAAAACCCACCUCCACUACAACAAUCACAACCACAGAAAAACCCACCUCCACCACAAGCAUAAUCACAGAAAAACCCACAACAACAACAACAACAACCACAGAAAAACCCACCACCACAACAACCAUAAUCACAGAAAAAUCCACCUCCACUACAACCAUAAUCACAGAAAAAUCCACAACAACAACAACCACAGAAAAACCCAUUACAACAACAAUCACAGAAACACCCACCACCACUACAACAACAACAACAACAACCACAACAACCACAGAGAAACCCACUACAACAACAAUCACAGAAACACCCACCACCACUACAACAAUCACAGAAACACCAACCAGCACAACAACCAUUGACUGCUUUCGUUGUAAUUGGUCAGACUGGAUAAACAAUGAUUACCCUGACAAUGGUGGAGAUUAUGAAACCAUAGACAAAAUUACUUAUCCAGAUCUAAAUGUUUGCAGUAAACCUCUGGAAAUUGAAUGUAGAGCAAAAGAAUACAAAGAUAUACCUUUGAAAGACUUGGAACAAAAAGUAACAUGUGACCCAACAAAUGGACUAAUCUGUCAUAACAAAGAUCAAGGUAUACCUCCUAUUUGUAACGACUAUGAAAUACGAGUCAAAUGUUGCAUUAACAUUUGUGAGCCUUCAACCACAGUUACAUCUUCACCAACAACUACAACAGAAAGGUCCUCCACAACAUCAGUAACAACUACAGAAAAGCCCAGCACUAGUUCUGUCACAACCACAGAAACACCCACAACAACCACAGAAAAACCCACCACCACUACAACCACAGAAACACCCACCAGCACAACAACAACCAGAGAAAACCCCACCACCACUACACCCACAACCACAGAAACACCCACCAGCACAACAACAACCACAGAAAAACCCACAACAACCACAGAAAAACCCACCUCCACUACAACAACCACAACCACAGAAAAACCAACCACCACUACAACCACAGAAACACCCACCAGCACAACAACAACCACAGAAAACCCCACUUCAACAACAACAAUCACAGAAAAACCCACAACAACUGCUAAAGUAAUUACAAAUCCAGUGCUUACAUCAACACCACAUACAAAACAACAUGGUAAGGUGACAACUACAAUAUCUACAGAAAAGCCCAGCACUAGUUCUGUAAUAACCAUAGAAAAACCCACAACAACCACAGAAAAACCCACCACUACAACAACCACAACCACAGAAAAACCCACCUCCACCACGACCAUAAUCACAGAAAAACCCACAACAACAACAACAACAACAAUAACAACAACAACAACAACCACAGAAAAACCCACCACCACAACAACAGUCACAGGAAAACCCACCUCCACAACAACCAUAAUCACACAAAAAUCCACAACAACAACCACAGAAAAACCCACUACAACAACAAUCACAGAAACACCCACCACCACUACAACAAUCACAGAAACACCAACCAGCACAACAACCAUUGACUGCUUUCGUUGUAAUUGGUCAGACUGGAUAAACAAUGAUUACCCUGACAAUGGUGGAGAUUAUGAAACCAUAGACAAAAUUACUUAUCCAGAUCUAAAUGUUUGCAGUAAACCUCUGGAAAUUGAAUGUAGAGCAAAAGAAUACAAAGAUAUACCUUUGAAAGACUUGGAACAAAAAGUAACAUGCGACCCAACAAAUGGACUAAUCUGUCAUAACAAAGAUCAAGGUAUACCUCCUAUUUGUAACGACUAUGAAAUACGAGUCAAAUGUUGCAUUAACAUUUGUGAGCCUUCAACCACAGUUACAUCUUCACCAACAACUACAACAGAAAGGUCCUCCACAACAUCAGUAACAACUACAGAAAAGCCCAGCACUAGUUCUGUCACAACCACAGAAAAACCCACAACAACCACAGAAAAACCCACCACCACUACACCCACAACCACAGAAACACCCACCAGCACAACAACAACCACAGAAAAACCCACAACAACCACAGAAAAACCCACCUCCACUACAACAAUCACAACCACAGAAAAACCCACCUCCACCACAAGCAUAAUCACAGAAAAACCCACAACAACAACCACAGAAAAACCCACCACCACAACAACAGUCACAGAAAAACCCACCUCCACUACAACCAUAAUCACAGAAAAAUCCACAACAACAACAACCACAGAAAAACCCACUACAACAACAAUCACAGAAACACCCACCACCACUACAACAAUAACAACAACCACAACAACCACAGAAAAACCCACUACAACAACAAUCACAGAAACACCCACCACCACUACAACAAUCACAGAAACACCAACCAGCACAACAACCAUUGACUGCUUUCGUUGUAAUUGGUCAGACUGGAUAAACAAUGAUUACCCUGACAAUGGUGGAGAUUAUGAAACCAUAGACAAAAUUACUUAUCCAGAUCUAAAUGUUUGCAGUAAACCUCUGGAAAUUGAAUGUAGAGCAAAAGAAUACAAAGAUAUACCUUUGAAAGACUUGGAACAAAAAGUAACAUGCGACCCAACAAAUGGACUAAUCUGUCAUAACAAAGAUCAAGGUAUACCUCCUAUUUGUAACGACUAUGAAAUACGAGUCAAAUGUUGCAUUAACAUUUGUGAGCCUUCAACCACAGUUACAUCUUCACCAACAACUACAACAGAAAGGUCCUCCACAACAUCAGUAACAACUACAGAAAAGCCCAGCACUAGUUCUGUCACAACCACAGAAAAACCCACCACCACAACAACCACAGAAAAACCCACCACCACUACAACCACAGAAACACCCACCAGCACAACAACAACCAGAGAAAACCCCACCACCACUACACCCACAACCACAGAAACACCCACCAGCACAACAACAACCACAGAAAAACCCACAACAACCACAGAAAAACCCACCUCCACUACAACAACCACAACCACAGAAAAACCAACCACCACUACAACCACAGAAACACCCACCAGCACAACAACAACCACAGAAAACCCCACUUCAACAACAACAAUCACAGAAAAACCCACAACAACUGCUAAAGUAAUUACAAAUCCAGUGCUUACAUCAACACCACAUACAAAACAACAUGGUAAGGUGACAACUACAAUAUCUACAGAAAAGCCCAGCACUAGUUCUGUAAUAACCAUAGAAAAACCCACAACAACCACAGAAAAACCCACCACUACAACAACCACAACCACAGAAAAACCCACCUCCACCACAACCAUAAUCACAGAAAAACCCACAACAACAACAACAAUAACAACAACAACAACAACCACAGAAAAACCCACCACCACAACAACAGUCACAGGAAAACCCACCUCCACAACAACCAUAAUCACACAAAAAUCCACAACAACAACCACAGAAAAACCCACUACAACAACAAUCACAGAAACACCCACCACCACUACAACAAUCACAGAAACACCAACCAGCACAACAACCAUUGACUGCUUUCGUUGUAAUUGGUCAGACUGGAUAAACAAUGAUUACCCUGACAAUGGUGGAGAUUAUGAAACCAUAGACAAAAUUACUUAUCCAGAUCUAAAUGUUUGCAGUAAACCUCUGGAAAUUGAAUGUAGAGCAAAAGAAUACAAAGAUAUACCUUUGAAAGACUUGGAACAAAAAGUAACAUGCGACCCAACAAAUGGACUAAUCUGUCAUAACAAAGAUCAAGGUAUACCUCCUAUUUGUAACGACUAUGAAAUACGAGUCAAAUGUUGCAUUAACAUUUGUGAGCCUUCAACCACAGUUACAUCUUCACCAACAACUACAACAGAAAGGUCCUCCACAACAUCAGUAACAACUACAGAAAAGCCCAGCACUAGUUCUGUCACAACCACAGAAAAACCCACAAACACCACCAGCACAACAAAAACCACAGAAAAACCCACCUCCACUACAACCAUAAUCACAGAAAAAUCCACAACAACAACAACCACAGAAAAACCCACUACAACAACAAUCACAGAAACACCCACCACCACUACAACAACAACAACAACCACAACAACCACAGAAAAACCCACUACAACAACAAUCACAGAAAAACCCACCACUACAACAAUCACAGAAACACCAACCAGCACAACAACCAUUGACUGCUUUCGUUGUAAUUGGUCAGACUGGAUAAACAAUGAUUACCCUGACAAUGGUGGAGAUUAUGAAACCAUAGACAAAAUUACUUAUCCAGAUCUAAAUGUUUGCAGUAAACCUCUGGAAAUUGAAUGUAGAGCAAAAGAAUACAAAGAUAUACCUUUGAAAGACUUGGAACAAAAAGUAACAUGCGACCCAACAAAUGGACUAAUCUGUCAUAACAAAGAUCAAGGUAUACCUCCUAUUUGUAACGACUAUGAAAUACGAGUCAAAUGUUGCAUUAACAUUUGUGAGCCUUCAACCACAGUUACAUCUUCACCAACAACUACAACAGAAAGGUCCUCCACAACAUCAGUAACAACUACAGAAAAGCCCAGCACUAGUUCUGUCACAACCACAGAAAAACCCACAACAACCACAGAAAAACCCACCACCACUACAACCACAGAAACACCCACCAGCACAACAACAACCAGAGAAAACCCCACCACCACUACACCCACAACCACAGAAACACCCACCAGCACAACAACAACCACAGAAAAACCCACAACAACCACAGAAAAACCCACCACCACUACAACAACCACAACCACAGAAACACCCACCAGCACAACAACAACCACAGAAAAACCCACAACAACCACAGAAAAACCCACAACAACCACAGAAAAACCCACCACCACUACACCCACAACCACAGAAACACCCACCAGCACAACAACAACCACAGAAAAACCCACAACAACAUCAGAAAAACCCACCUCCACUACAACAAUCACAACCACAGAAAAACCCACCUCCACCACAAGCAUAAUCACAGAAAAACCCACAACAACAACAACAACAACCACAGAAAAACCCACCACCACAACAACCAUAAUCACAGAAAAAUCCACCUCCACUACAACCAUAAUCACAGAAAAAUCCACAACAACAACAACCACAGAAAAACCCAUUACAACAACAAUCACAGAAACACCCACCACCACUACAACAAUAACAACAACCACAACAACCACAGAAAAACCCACUACAACAACAAUCACAGAAACACCCACCACCACUACAACAAUCACAGAAACACCAACCAGCACAACAACCAUUGACUGCUUUCGUUGUAAUUGGUCAGACUGGAUAAACAAUGAUUACCCUGACAAUGGUGGAGAUUAUGAAACCAUAGACAAAAUUACUUAUCCAGAUCUAAAUGUUUGCAGUAAACCUCUGGAAAUUGAAUGUAGAGCAAAAGAAUACAAAGAUAUACCUUUGAAAGACUUGGAACAAAAAGUAACAUGCGACCCAACAAAUGGACUAAUCUGUCAUAACAAAGAUCAAGGUAUACCUCCUAUUUGUAACGACUAUGAAAUACGAGUCAAAUGUUGCAUUAACAUUUGUGAGCCUUCAACCACAGUUACAUCUUCACCAACAACUACAACAGAAAGGUCCUCCACAACAUCAGUAACAACUACAGAAAAGCCCAGCACUAGUUCUGUCACAACCACAGAAACACCCACAACAACCACAGAAAAACCCACCACCACUACAACCACAGAAACACCCACCAGCACAACAACAACCAGAGAAAACCCCACCACCACUACACCCACAACCACAGAAACACCCACCAGCACAACAACAACCACAGAAAAAUUCUGUAAUAACCAUAGAAAAACCCACAACAACCACAGAAAAACCACCACCACAACAACAACCACAACCACAGAAAAACCCACCUCCACCACAACCAUAAUCACAGAAAAACCCACAACAACAACAACAACAACAACAACAAUAACAACAACAACAACCACAGAAAAACCCACCACCACAACAACAGUCACAGAAAAACCCACCUCCACAACAACCAUAAUCACACAAAAAUCCACAACAACAACCACAGAAAAACCCACUACAACAACAAUCACAGAAACACCCACCACCACUACAACAAUCACAGAAACACCAACCAGCACAACAACCAUUGACUGCUUUCGUUGUAAUUGGUCAGACUGGAUAAACAAUGAUUACCCUGACAAUGGUGGAGAUUAUGAAACCAUAGACAAAAUUACUUAUCCAGAUCUAAAUGUUUGCAGUAAACCUCUGGAAAUUGAAUGUAGAGCAAAAGAAUACAAAGAUAUACCUUUGAAAGACUUGGAACAAAAAGUAACAUGCGACCCAACAAAUGGACUAAUCUGUCAUAACAAAGAUCAAGGUAUACCUCCUAUUUGUAACGACUAUGAAAUACGAGUCAAAUGUUGCAUUAACAUUUGUGAGCCUUCAACCACAGUUACAUCUUCACCAACAACUACAACAGAAAGGUCCUCCACAACAUCAGUAACAACUACAGAAAAGCCCAGCACUAGUUCUGUCACAACCACAGAAAAACCCACAACAACCACAGAAAAACCCACCACCACUACACCCACAACCACAGAAACACCCACCAGCACAACAACAACCACAGAAAAACCCACAACAACCACAGAAAAACCCACCUCCACUACAACAAUCACAACCACAGAAAAACCCACCUCCACCACAAGCAUGAUCACAGAAAAACCCACAACAACAACAACAACAACAACAACAACAACAACAACCACAGAAAAACCCACCACCACAACAACAGUCACAGAAAAACCCACCUCCACUACAACCAUAAUCACAGAAAAAUCCACAACAACAACAACCACAGAAAAACCCACUACAACAACAAUCACAGAAACACCCACCACCACUACAACAAUAACAACAACCACAACAACCACAGAAAAACCCACUACAACAACAAUCACAGAAACACCCACCACCACUACAACAAUCACAGAAACACCAACCAGCACAACAACCAUUGACUGCUUUCGUUGUAAUUGGUCAGACUGGAUAAACAAUGAUUACCCUGACAAUGGUGGAGAUUAUGAAACCAUAGACAAAAUUACUUCUCCAGAUCUAAAUGUUUGCAGUAAACCUCUGGAAAUUGAAUGUAGAGCAAAAGAAUACAAAGAUAUACCUUUGAAAGACUUGGAACAAAAAGUAACAUGCGACCCAACAAAUGGACUAAUCUGUCAUAACAAAGAUCAAGGUAUACCUCCUAUUUGUAACGACUAUGAAAUACGAGUCAAAUGUUGCAUUAACAUUUGUGAGCCUUCAACCACAGUUACAUCUUCACCAACAACUACAACAGAAAGGUCCUCCACAACAUCAGUAACAACUACAGAAAAGCCCAGCACUAGUUCUGUCACAACCACAGAAAAACCCACAACAACCACAGAAAAACCCACCACCACUACACCCACAACCACAGAAACACCCACCAGCACAACAACCACAGAAAAACCCACAACAACCACAGAAAAACCCACCUCCACUACAACAAUCACAACCACAGAAAAACCCACCUCCACCACAAGCAUAAUCACAGAAAAACCCACAACAACAACAACAACAACAACAACCACAGAAAAACCCACCACCACAACAACAGUCACAGAAAAACCCACCUCCACUACAACCAUAAUCACAGAAAAAUCCACAACAACAACAACCACAGAAAAACCCACUACAACAACAAUCACAGAAACACCCACCACCACUACAACAAUAACAACAACCACAACAACCACAGAAAAACCCACUACAACAACAAUCACAGAAACACCCACCACCACUACAACAAUCACAGAAACACCAACCAGCACAACAACCAUUGACUGCCUUCGUUGUAAUUGGUCAGACUGGAUAAACAAUGAUUACCCUGACAAUGGUGGAGAUUAUGAAACCAUAGACAAAAUUACUUAUCCAGAUCUAAAUGUUUGCAGUAAACCUCUGGAAAUUGAAUGUAGAGCAAAAGAAUACAAAGAUAUACCUUUGAAAGACUUGGAACAAAAAGUAACAUGCGACCCAACAAAUGGACUAAUCUGUCAUAACAAAGAUCAAGGUAUACCUCCUAUUUGUAACGACUAUGAAAUACGAGUCAAAUGUUGCAUUAACAUUUGUGAGCCUUCAACCACAGUUACAUCUUCACCAACAACUACAACAGAAAGGUCCUCCACAACAUCAGUAACAACUACAGAAAAGCCCAGCACUAGUUCUGUCACAACCACAGAAAAACCCACAACAACCACAGAAAAACCCACCACCACUACAACCACAACCACAGAAACACCCACCAGCACAACAACAACCACAGAAAAACCCACCACCACUACAACAACCACAACCACAGAAAAACCCACUUCCACUACAACCAUUACCACAGAAAAACCCACCUCCACUACAACCAUAAUCACAGAAAAACCCACAACAACAACAACAACAACAACAACAAUCACAGAAAAACCCACAACAACAACAAUCACAGAAAUGUCCACCAGAACAAGCAGCAGUACAAUAAAGUCCACCACCUUGGCAACAACAGAAAAGUCAACUGCAACUUCCACAAUCAGUGAACGACCCACAACCACAACGAAAUCAACCACAGAAACACCAAUUGAAACAACUGAAAAAAUCAUCACAGCCACAGGAAAAUCUACUACCCAACCCUCAACGACAGAGAAGCUCUCUUUUGAAACUCCAACUGCAACACCUUCAACUUCUCAUUCUUCAGCUUCAGGCAGAACAACUUUAUGUUUUUGCAAGUACCUGGAUCAGAUUUUCUCUCCUGGUAGUUUCAUGUACAACAAGACUGAUGGAGAAGGCUGGUGUUUCACUGCAUACUGCAGUUUAACAUGCAGUGUUGAGAAGCAUGCUACACCAUGUCACUUCACUACUCCACAAGCAACUAGCACCACCACAUUAAGCCCUGCCACUACAACACAAAGUGGCUCAACUGUAGUCAGUACAAUGACAGGAUCCACAUUGAAGCCUUUCAAAGACUGUUCAUAUCUAAAGCCGCCUAGAAAGCAUGGCGAGUCAUGGAAGCCAAACAACUGCACCACAGCAACAUGUGACGAUGGUAAAGUAAUCACAGAACAUGUGCCAUGUGAAAGCGUGACCAUGCCUGUAUGCGAAAAUGGGUACCAACCAGUUAAGGUCUAUGAUGAAGCAGGCUGCUGUUUUCACUACAGCUGCAGAUGUGUUUGUUCUGUCUGGGGAGAUCCUCAUUAUAAGACAUUUGAUGGUCAAGACUACAGUUUCCAGAAAAAUUGUACAUACGUCCUGGUCAAAGAGAUCAUUCCCAAACACAAUUUUAAGAUUCUCAUCGACAAUGAAAACUGUGAUGCCUCUGGAACUGUGACCUGUGCUAAAGCCUUGACUGUGUUUUACAAGGAGUAUGAAAUUAAUCUUUCACAGGAGAGAAUCCCAAAGACCGUAAACUUGGUGCACAUCAACGGCAAGCGGGUAUUCCCAACUUACUCUAAUAAAGACUUCAUCAUCACAAGUACAGCAAUUCAUGUUUUUUUGAGAAUCCCGGCAAUUGAUGCAGAAGUGACAUUCAAAGGACUUAGCUCCGCCAUUGAAUUGCCAUUUACCCUUUUCCACAACAACACAGAGGGACAGUGUGGUACCUGUGACAAUAACAGGAAAAAUGACUGCAGAUUACCAAAUGGCCAGAUUCAUCCCUCAUGCUCUGAGAUGGGAAAUCACUGGCAUGUACCCGACAAGAAUAAGCCAUAUUGUGAGGUACCGUCUCUUCCACCAACACCAGGACCUACACCAACAACCUGCAAACCUGAUAUCUGUGAAAUUUUGAUCAGCAAGGUGUUUGAGAAAUGCCACAAAGUCAUCGCACCAGAGUCCUUUUAUGAGGCUUGUAAAUUUGAUGUUUGCCACAUGCCAAAUUCCACUGUGGGUUGUUCCAGUCUGGAAGCAUAUGCAAUGUUGUGUGCUGAAGCAUCUGUCUGUGUAGACUGGAGGAGCAUCACGAAUGGACAGUGUGAAUAUAAAUGUCCAGAAAAUAAAGUCUACAAGCCUUGUGGACCAAGCUUUGUACCAACUUGCAAUGCAAGAUACAAUGAGAAGUAUGCACAACAAUUCCAGGGAGAAAAAGCUGAACAGAACACUGCCUUUAAUCAAUUCACUGAGGGAUGCUUCUGCCUAGAGGGGAUGACUUUAUUCAGUUCAAACUCUGACAUCUGUGUCACUUCCUGUUGCACUGGACCUGAUGGCCAACCCAAGCAGCUUGGUGAGACUUGGCAGAGUGGCUGUCAGCAGUGUGUUUGUGAUCAGAACACUUUGAGUGUUCAGUGUAAGCCUCUCACAUGUCCCACUCAAGAACCAGUUAUCUGUACCAAGGUGGGUGAGGUGUUGGUGAACCGCACAGUGGACUGCUGUGAGAGACUGACAUGUGAAUGUGAUAACAAACGCUGUCCAUCACCAACACAGAAGUGUAAACUUGGAUUUGAGUUGGACAUCCGCAUCUUGAAUGAUAGUUGCUGCGCUCUAUCCCUCUGUGUACCCAAAGGUGUCUGUGUCUUCAAUGAUACUGAGUACAAGCCAGGUAUGGAUUUCUCCAAAAACCCAUGUGAAACAUGCCACUGCACUGAAAUUCAGGAUCCCAACAGCAAGUUGAACACGAUUAAAUGUUAUCAGACGCAGUGCUUCAUACAAUGUCCACAGGGAUAUGUGUAUGAACACCAACCUGGACAAUGUUGUGGAACAUGUAAAAAGACAAAGUGCGUUUUAGAGUUCCCAGGCCUCACUCCGAUAAUUAUUGAACCUUCUCAGUCUUGGUCACCACCAGGUGACAACUGCACCAAAUAUGAUUGCCAAAAGGUGAAGGAUGAGUUUAUAGUCUCUAAAAUCCAAACAACAUGUGCUGAAUUUCAUCCAGAAAACUGCAUUCCUGGAACUGAACAGACUGACAAGUAUGGUUGUUGCAAAACCUGUACUCCUCAUUACAACUGUCAAGUGAACAGGAACACCACCUAUCUGCAGACAGAGAAUUGCAAGUCAGUUGUGCCAGUGGAAAUUGCAGCCUGUAAAGGAUCCUGCGGAGCUUCCUCAUCAAUGUACUCUGCGGAGAGCAACAAGUUGAUGCAUUCCUGCUCAUGUUGUCAAGAAAUGGCCACCAGUAAGAAGGAGGUGGAGAUGAUCUGCUCUGAUGGCAGCAAGAUAAAACACACCUAUGUUUCGGUUGACAAGUGCGGCUGCCAAGUUGCGAAAUGUACUAAGAACUAAUGAAAAAACGUUGAAACUGAAAACUUAUCUGACUAAAGUACUCUUAUAAACUUUGAUGAUUCCUCUUCAAAAACUAUUAGAGAAUCCAGACUCAAUAUGUGAAAACUGAAGACAUACCUCUGUGCAUUAGCUGAAGGCGUGGACCUGAGAACAGUCCAGUACAGGAUAUGUUACAGCAAAUUAGUUGAAUGUUUAAAACAGCAGCCUGAAAGGUUUUUCUAACAUGAGCAUCGCUUUGAGCCGUUACACCUUUGUGUUUUAUGUCAGUAAUGCUUAGGGCCACCGGUCCAGAUAGUGUUUCAUGAUGACAGCACAUAUUGGUGUCAUGGUCUUUUGUAGCUUUUGAAGAGGUAGUUCCUUUUUCCAAACUUUAUGAUAUGGUGUUUUCAUGGUGUGUCUCUUCCUUAAACUGUGUAUAAUUUGAGAGAUAAAAUACAAGGUUGUGAUAUUCGGUGUAUAGCAGUUAUACUUUGCUAUCCUUUGUUUCUUUGUACUUUCUUUUGCAUUGGACAUGAGGGAAAUAUUGUGAUCAUAUAUGGGUAAAAAUAAAUUUAAAAUAUUAAUUUAAA